AACAUUUUCCACAAAAAAAAUGGAAGAACCAGAAAGUGAGAGAGGUAUGCAUCAGCUCCAUACUUCACCAUCUCCACUUGUUCUAACAUAGCUAAUAACCACGUGAUCACUAUCUUCACUAAUCACACCACCUAAACAAAUUCAAAUCCUAUCCCCCCGUAGCAAUAGGUGUCAAUUUCGAAUCAAAUAUGGACUGCUACAGCCGGGAAACUGAAGUAAAAGCCUUCGAUGAUGCCAAAACCGGCCUUAAAGGCUUACUCGAAAGCGGCAUAACCCAAGUUCCUAAAUUCUUCAUAAACCCCCAAAUUGAUCCACAACAGACACUCAUCACCUCACACAACGCCCAAUUCGAGUUCCCAUUGAUUAACCUAGAAGGCGUCGGUGAUGAUCCGAUCAAGCGCGAGGCCGUCGUCGACGCCGUUCGCGAAGCUUCCGACACUUGGGGAUUCUUCCAAGUGAUCAACCAUGGGAUUCCGGAGGCUGUAUUGGAGGAUAUGAUCGACGGGGCACGCCGUUUCUUCGGUCAAGAUGAUGAAGAGAAGAAGAAGAAGUGGUAUACGAGGGAUUUGAAAGCUAGGGCUGUUUACAACACCAAUUUUGAUCUGUAUAGAGCGCCGUCGGCUAAUUGGAGAGACACUGUUUUCUGUGAAAUGGCUCCUGAUCUUCCUCAACCCGAGCAAUUGCCCUCUGUUUGCUGGAAUAUAAUGGUUGAAUACACAAAACAAGUGAUGAAGCUGGGAAGAAGUUUGUUCCAAAUAUUAUCCGAGGCUCAGUUAGUGAAAGGCUCAGUUAGUGAAAGGAUCAAAUGCUAAUAUUUCUUGUAAUGAUAUGCAUAUAUAUACAUAGUGAAAGGCUCAGUUAGUUUUGGGUCAA